GAGGGGGCCGGCGGCGGAGCGGCAGAGCCCGGAGCUGCGCCGUCGGACCCGGACGCCAGCCGGGGACGCCAGCCCUCCUGCUUGCCGCGCGGAGGAGGAAGUAGAGCCAGCAGGUGAGACGGGACCCGGUGGAGGGCCGGCGGGACAUCCCGAAGCAAAAGCCUCCCUCCUGCCUCCACACUCAUCUCUGAGAAGCUGCUGGGGAAAACACUGCUCUGGACACAGGGAGCACCAGAACCGGCAGAAUGGGGACAGCUUGUAUCAAAGUCACCAAAUACUUCCUCUUCCUCUUCAACUUGCUCUUCUUCAUCCUGGGUGCUGUGAUCCUGGGCUUUGGGGUAUGGAUCCUGGCGGACAGGACCAGCUUCAUCUCUGUCCUGCAAAACUCCUCCAGCACCAUGCAAGUGGGGGCCUACAUCUUCCUGGGCGUGGGAGCCCUCACCAUGGUCAUGGGCUUCCUGGGCUGUAUCGGUGCUGUCAACGAGGUCCGCUGCCUGCUGGGCCUGUAUUUCGCCUUCCUCCUGCUGAUCCUCAUAGCCCAGGUGACCGUGGGGACCCUCUUCUACUUCAACUCGGGCAAGCUGAAGCAGGAGAUGGGCAACGUGGUGGCAGACCUCAUCCGGAAGUACGAUGCCAACAGCACCAACAGCCUGCAGGAUGCCUGGGACUACGUGCAGGCGCAGGUGAAAUGCUGUGGCUGGGUCAGCGCCUACAACUGGACAGAGAAUGAGGAGCUCAUGAGCCACUCGGAGGUCACCUACCCCUGCUCCUGCGAGAAGGGGGACAGUAGCCUCUUGGUGAGGAAGGGCUUCUGCCAUUCCCAGAACAACAGCACCCAGAGCGGCAACGACCCCGAGUUUUGGCCUGUGUUCCAGGAGGGCUGCAUGGAGAAGGUGCAGGCGUGGCUGCAGGAGAACCUGGGCAUCAUCCUGGGCGUGUGCGUGGGUGUUGCGGUCAUUGAGCUCUUCGGAAUGUUCCUGUCCAUCUGCUUGUGCCGACGCAUCCACUCGGAAGACUACAGCAAGGUCCCCAAGUACUAAGGCUGCUCUCCCACCUCCCCACCUCCUACCCCGACCUCCCAGAGGGGUCCCCACACCCCCUCCCUCUUCCAGGCCCAUCUCCCACCUCACUGCCAAGGCUUCUUGCCUAUCCUGGGCUGGCUGGAUGGGCGGGGACUUUCUGAGGCCUGGACCCUUCUCCCUGCCACCAACCACGAGCCCUGGUGGUUCUGUGGCCCCUGUGCUGUCUGCCUGCUAAGGCUCUCUGAGCAACUAGACCGGCUCCCUGUGGUGUCUCUGUCCCUGCCCAGGCAGCUGGGCUGGGCUGCUCCUGCCCAGGAUGCCAUGGAGAAGGGUACAGAGGCAGAUGGAUUGAAAAUGGCGGGGAGAGGCUCGAAUAAGCCCCAGGACUGUUGGGGUUGGGAGGGGGGGGACUGCCCACUGGGUGGGUCAACUUAUUCCUAUCAUAAUGCUUCUACCUUUUGUCUUUAAACAUUUUUAUGGAAGGUAGCGGAGAGGGUGGACUUCGUCCCUUCCCGGGGGCCUGACACAGCCCCUCCAGGCUCAGCUGGGGCCACACUGUGGGAAGGAACUAGCAAGCGCUACCUGGGUGCAGGGCCACCGGUCCCCCAAGGCACAGCACAGAAGUGGCCCUGCGUUCUCCAGGAUUCCGAACUGUUCAGGGGCCAGAGAGAAGAAAAUGGACUGGCCAUUCAUGGCAGCUGUCCCCUAUCUCUCAGGCUGCGGGCGGGUGAGGCUGUGUGGUAUCGUGGCCAGAGAGGGCCUGUGCUCUGUACACACCCUCACCAUUGGAAGGCUAUUAAAAAAGUUUGUCACAAUCA